AUGAGGGAAGACGAAGAUGACGAGAAGGAGAAUUUGCUUGAACGGAGCAAGAUAUUGAUGAAGCCAUCAUCAAACAGAAACCAGCAGAUCUUACGCUUGCUUUUAGCUACUGGCAUCAUUUUAAAUACCAUAUUCGGUAUUGUUGGUCUUUUGACGUUUGCUUCGUUUAUUCAAUCGGACAAGUCAUCCUAUGAAAAUGGAUUUGACACGGAUUUAGAGCCUGCUAAAGACAGCAUUGACCUGGUAGUCAAGACUUUCUCAGGUGGCGUCGACCUUGAUGAUGCCGGCAACUUCGUCAUGGACGACGGGGGGCACGAGUUUAUCGGUCCCCCAGGACCGGCAGUUGACGAAGCAUGGGAGACUCUUCUGGGAGGUUUGAAUCUUGAUUUCAGCGAAAAUGAAGUCGUUCUGAAGGACUCAACCUUCCAGUGGCCGGAAUCUGGCAACUACUUCACCGGGUUAGAUGUAUACCAUUCACUCCAUUGCCUAAACCGCCUUCGACAGGCAAUCUACCCUGAUUAUUACACACACGUUUUCAAUCAUCCAUCCGAUCCAUCGCGCGGAAAUCACAUAGAUCAUUGCAUUAAUCAUAUUCGUCAAGCAAUCCAGUGCCAUGCAGACUUGACACCUAUGGAAUGGAAACUUGACGGGUCUAGGAUUAUCUUGAAAACGGAUACUCCGCAUACUUGCAGAAACUUUGAUCAGAUAAACGAUUGGGCGUUGGCUAAACGUACGAAGUUUGAGGACAUUUGGAGUUGGCGUAAUGGUAGCCUUCAGAUUGUGGAUUAG